AUGUUUCCUCGAGCAAACAGGGGUUGGGCGAAGACUGACCUCGUGAUACCGCUGCCGACGGCAACGCUAGCGGCAUCGCUUACGGCGCCUGAAGGACACAGAAACGUCCGUGUAGUUUCCGACGGCACUCCGGAGGCCUGGGAGGAUGGAAUGCUCGACGCCCUGUUCGCGGAUAUUCGACGCAUCGUCACGUUGCACGCCAUUCCCGACAGCUGGCUUGUAGACCUGGACAAGUGGUUCUGGGAUCGCCAUCCUCACGCCAUGUCCGUGUUCGUCGGUAUGACGACCCAGGAGUACUCGGUGCGCGUUGCCAGCCCCGAGGAGUACAACAUGUCCGACCGGAAUGGCAUCUCUGUUGACGAGCGGCGCGGCCGACUGCUCUUCGUGGUACGAGGACUGGACGGCGUGGGGGCGUUCCUGUACUGGCGCAGACGUCUUGUCUCGUCGGACGCCGCUGCGACCGCGACCACGCCCAUGCCCGCCCCUGCACCGUCGUACACGCAAGAGCUCGACCUGCUGGUAUGGAUGCUGUUCUGGCAGGGAUCACGGGAAUGGUGGGGACGACUCUUUCCGCCGCGCGAGGCCACCUUCGACGGCUCCCGACAGGGAGAGAAAACAGCCUUUGAUCAGUCCGAUGGGCCGAUCUAUUCAUAUCUCCGGUCUCCCUUCAGAAACCCGUAUUGGUACCCCAAGACCACCACCACCAGUCUUCGGUUACAGGCGUCGACUCUUGCCUCCGCCAGCUUCUCGCCACCGCCGCCGGCGUCGACAUCGCUAGCAAUACUGCCACCCGCUGGCCGCCUCUCUGAGCGAAACUUUAGACAGGCACGGUUCCUGGGUGACUCUGAGUUGGAUAAUGGGAUCUGGAUACAACAGCAACUGGGAGAACAACUGUACCCUGCCGGACAGCCUGGCACCAGUGGCUUAGAGGACCCUGAUAGCCCCGGUAACCCCAGUGCCCUUGUCCACGAUGUGUUCGACAUUCUGGAUCUGAUGCAUAGGCGCCACAUGAUUCCUGACGGCUACAAUGCUUCUAUUGACUCAUAUCUCUAG